GCACGCCAGGCAGCCCCCUAUUAUUAUUUGUAAGAAUAAUUUCACUUAUGAAAAUGGCGGCGAGUCAGGGAGCUGUUGGACCUGCGACGGCUCUCCAGAGCCAGCAUUAUCUUAAUGUCGUGCACUGGAACCCAGGCGUGAUGCAGCAGCAGCUACACCCGCUACACACCGCCCGCAGUCUGGAACGAGCGCUGGAAGAUGCCGUCUGCUCCGGGAUGCUCAAUAUCAGCGGAAGAAAACUGCGCGACUAUCCGGGGCUCAACUACGAUCUGACCGAUACUACACAAGCAGACUUGUCGAAAAACCGUUUUUGUGAAGUCCCUUCAGAAGUUUGUAUGUUUUCGCCGCUGGAGUCUUUAAACCUCUACCACAACUGCAUAAAGGUGGUUCCAGAGGCCAUUAUCAACCUACAGAUGCUCACCUACCUGAACAUCAGUCGAAAUCAGCUGUCUGUUCUGCCCAAGUUUCUCUUCAAUCUUCCUCUGAAAGUGCUGGUGGUCAGCAACAAUAAACUUUUGUCUAUUCCAGAGGAGAUCGGAAAGGCCAAAGACCUCAUGGAACUGGACAUCAGCUGUAAUGAGAUCCAGGUGCUUCCUACUCAAAUGGGGAAACUCCUCGCGUUACGUGAACUCAACAUACGAAGAAACUGUCUACAAGUGUUACCAGAUGAGUUGUCCGAUCUGCCACUGAUUAGGUUGGAUUUCUCCUGUAAUAAAAUCACUGAGAUUCCCAUAUCUUAUCGCAAACUUAAGCAGUUACAGCACAUCGUUCUUGACAACAACCCCAUGCAGUCUCCUCCUGCCCAGAUCUGCCUAAAGGGAAAGAUCCACAUCUUUAAGUAUUUAAACCUGCAGGCAUGUCGCUUGGAUAAAAAAACAGACACACUUGACCUGCCUUCUCUGGGAAAACGCUGCUUGCCUCAGCAGCUGACAGACAGUAUGGAAGAUUUCUAUCCCAGUAAAAACCAUGGCCCUGACUCAGGUAUUGGCAGUGACAACGGUGACAAAAGACUUUCAGCUACAGAGCCAUCUGAUGAUGACACCAUGAGUCUCCACUCUCAAGUAUCCGAGACGGUGCGGGCUGACGCACACAUACUUCUCACAAAGCUGGACUCAAACAAAGAUCAGGACCCAUAUGACUUUAUUGACCCAAAUCCAGAUGAAGAGGCCACUCUGUCUGAGGGAGAUCUACAGCACAAUGCACCCAAUGUGUCAUGUAUAAAGGAGCUGGAGCGGGUUCUGAAAACACAUCAAAGCAAAGACAAAGAGAAUUGGAAAGAGGAGUCAGGCUCAGAGAAAGAGCAGUUAGCCGAAGAAGACGAGGAUGACUUAAAGGAAGUGUUGGAUCUGAGGAAGAUCGCAGUACAGCUGCUUCAACAAGAGCAACAGAACAGGAGGCGAUCCCUAAUUUGUAGGGCAGAGAGUCUAAUACACCGUAGAAGAGUCACAGGGAGAGCUCACAGGUUCCUCAGCCACUCAGGGAGCAGCACCAAACAAAGAACUCCAUCUCAGACUGUUAGAAGUGCAUCAUUAGAUGAAGGAAGCAGCUCAGCCUCCGCCUUGAGUGGACAGGAGACUGAUAUCACUGAUGAAGAUGCAGCUUUCUCUGAGCCUUCUUCAUCUUGCUCGUUUGAUGGAAGUUUGAAAUCAGAGAGCAGUGACUCAGAGCCAAGAUGGCCGGAGGUCCCACCUGUGCUCAACCAGAAUGAGGAUCGGAGAAGAAACAAGUACCUGAGAAAAGACUACCUGAAGUAUAAGUGCCAAAGUGCUCGAAGAAACUCCAGUGGCAACGACAAUGAUUGUGAGGAGGUAAUGCGAUCUAAUGAUUUUACUUCAACUCUGACUGUCUUUGGCCUGAAACCCAGAUCAGCCUUCUCCCGUGGAAAUCAAAAAGACUUAAGCUCCACAGACCCAAGCUUCACCAUGAGGAGAAAGAUGGAGCACCUCAGGGAGGAGAUGGACCAGAUCAGACUCUUGCGGCAGAACCUCGAGUCAAGGCUAAAGGUGUUGUUGCCAGAUGAUGUGGGUGCUGCUUUGAUGGAUGGUGUCAUUUUAUGCCAUUUGGCUAAUCACAUCCGUCCUCGUUCUGUAGCUAGCAUUCAUGUACCAUCCCCUGCUGUGCCAAAGCUGAGUAUGGCCAAGUGUCGUCGGAAUGUUGAGAAUUUCUUGGAUGCAUGUAAAAAGCUUGGAGUGCCACAGGACAAGUUGUGUUUGCCGCAUCACAUCCUGGAGGAGCGAGGUCUGGUAAAGGUUGGUGUCACUGUACAGGCACUGCUGGAACUUCCAUCAUCAAAACCCAACCAACUUUCUACCAUGUAGCAUCGCUGGGUCACGGGACAUCCACUAGCAUCCCUUUACACUGCCUUACCACCUCAUCCUCACUCUCAAUGCUGAUCUUUGACCUACUCUGGGGAGGUCACGACCCUUAAACCUUUACAACUGUGGUGAACAGGCCAGGUUUCCCUACCUCUUAUAAGCCUCUAUGGAGGGGUCUAGACAUUUUAAAUCUCCAAUGUUGUGCCCUAUUUGAGGGAAACUGUAAUUCCUAAAUCCACCCACUUCAUUCUGAGGGAAAAUACCUGUGUCUAUUCCACAACUGGCAAUGCAGACUCUCCCGCCUCAAUGCUGGACACCUCUGUCUUCUAUCAUUUGUAUCUCCUUCUCAUCGGUCUCAUGUUCACUCUUCUCUUGGACCAGUGAGCCCUCAAAGGGCGAGGACAGGAGAAAAGCCCGCAGCUAUCUGGCUGAUUCUGGACCAGAGGGUAGAUUUUAUAUCAAUGUCACUUCAGCCCUCUCCUGUAUGAAGUCACUAAGAGCUGUCUAACAUCUUGUUGCAUUCCUGUCUCUUUGAAGAAAUAAGAGGGGGAGAGACAGCAUUGAUGUGCAUGUAAUAACAACAAGACCAGCACCGAGGACAUCUGGAAAGGAUAGACAAAGGUUGCCAUAAAUGUUGAUGUGUUGUAGUCAGGUGAGUCACUGGCAGGGCAUUAGAAAGUAAUCAUAUCUUUCUGCAUACCUGGAUGGUUUUAACAGUGAAGAUACUGCUCACGUGCCCGUACAAGACAAAGGCUGUUUUGUGUUCUUUUACAUACAUGCCAGUGUUGCCAAAUGUUUGUUUUUCUUGACCGUUUUUCUUACAGGUAGUUUUUUUUGUGCUUUACUUCUCAAAGCCUGCGUGUGCCAGGAAAUCACAACAUCAUAAAGUUUCACACGUGCCAGUGUUAUUGCAUUGUGCGAAAUUUCGUUUGUUGUGCAGGUCUGGGCAUGGACGUAAAGUUUCAGCACCAAAAAUAGGUCACAUAAAACAUUUCUAAACCUAAAGAGUAAGAACAGUCCAUUGAGUAAAGAUGGGCAUUUGAUUGUUUGAUUAAAUUCAUAAUCAGCUAAAGACUCUUUCUUGGAAAAACAAAUCAGAAGAGUCUUUGAUAUUUGUACUGAAUUAUGUUUAGUAAAGGAUUGAUGCGAAAGCUGUUCAUUCACCAUAGUAAACUGAGAAGGUUUUUAGAAACUUUUCAAUAUGUACAAAUAGUUUUAAUUUGUUUUAUCAGGGAAUUUAUUUAUUUACCUUUGUGUACUUUUGUAUGUUUUAUUUAUUUCUUUGAGUUCUAUUUACUUCUUUAUCAGCCUCUGAAAAACAUUAAUUGUAUUGUCAAACAAAUUUGCAAUAAUGUUCAGAAA